UCUACCUAUGAAUUCUAACAUCAGUCAUUUAUGUCCGUUUCUCUUUUCCUUCUUCUCCCUCAGGCAUGAAGACUCCUCUCAGCCCCCCUCGGCUCUUUGCCUUCGGAGGGAUGUGUCAGGAGCUGAUGGAGGCACCUGCACCUCCAAGCAUCAGUCUGUCCGUCCUGCAGACUCCAUCUCCGGGUCAGGGCGGGGCCUACUCUCUGUGCGAGGUGUGUAACCUGCAGCUGACCUCUGAUGCUCAGGCCCAACUGCACUACAACGGCCGGUCUCACCUCCGGAGAGUGAGACAGAUCCAGGCUGGAGAGACAGGAAAACACACAGCCGCAGGGGCUCAGUCCAGGUCUCUUCCACAGGCCACAGGGCUCAGCUCUCGGCCUGCAGGACUAACUCUAACCCCAGGCCUCAGCCCGGCCCUCAGCGCUCCACCAAGCACAACUGCAGGAAGUGGGUGCGGCACAGUAGGCGGGGCCUUGCCGGGGCUGAUUGGUGCCACCGGUCCCUCAGUGAUGAUGAAACCGUUCCUGACCUACUCGGUCGAGACGACGUCGCCAGUGGGACUUUUUCCAAACUUCAACACGAUGGACCCGGUGCAGAAGGCCGUCAUCAAUCACACCUUCGGUGUUACCAUGGUGCCCAAAAAGAGGCAGGUCAUCUCGUGUAACGUCUGUCAGCUGAGGUUCAACUCUGAU